UGUGACGCAUCACCACACAGAGACCACUUCCUUCAGUUUCCACGGUGACAGGAUCCCUCCUCCUCCUCCUCCUCAUCAUCUGCAUCACCAUUAGUGUGUCCACUUGCUCCUCAUCGCUGCCAUCAGGAUGGGAGAUAAAGGAACCAGAGUGUUUAAGAAAGCAAGUCCCAAUGGGAAGCUCACCGUCUAUCUGGGGAAGAGAGACUUUGUGGACCACGUGGACCGAGUGGAGCCCGUGGAUGGCGUGAUCCUGAUUGAUCCCGAGUACUUGAAGGAGAGAAAAGUGUUUGUGACGCUCACCUGCGCAUUCCGAUACGGUCGCGAAGAUUUGGAUGUUCUGGGGCUGACCUUCCGGAAAGAUUUGUUUGUGGCAAACGCGCAGGUGUUUCCUCCUCUGACAGAGGAGACGAAGAACAUGACUCGUUUGCAGGAACGUCUGAUGAAAAAACUGGGAGAACACGCCUACCCGUUCACCUUUGAGAUCCCACUGAACCUGCCCUGUUCUGUCACCCUGCAACCAGGCCCCGAGGACACCGGCAAGGUCGACAUAUUGUUUGCUCCCCAGGCCUGCGGUGUGGACUUUGAAGUGAAAGUAUUUUGCGCAGACAAUGCUGAAGAAAAGAUCCACAAAAGGAACUCAGUCCGACUCGUGAUAAGGAAGGUUCAGUUCGCUCCCGAGAAGCCCGGACCUCAGCCCACUGCCGAGACCACCAGACAUUUCCUGAUGUCCGACAAAGCUCUGCACCUGGAGGCGUCUCUGGACAAGGAGAUUUACUAUCACGGCGAGCCCAUCAGUGUCAACGUUCAUGUCACCAACAACACCAACAAGACGGUGAAAAAGAUGAAGGUGUCAGUGCGACAAUAUGCUGACAUCUGCUUGUUCAACACCGCCCAGUACAAAUGCCCUGUUGCUACCGAGGAGUCGGAUGAUGUUGUCGCUUCCAGUUCCACCUUCUGCAAAGUUUUCACCCUCACGCCUUUUCUAUCCAACAACCGAGAGAAACGAGGCCUCGCUCUGGAUGGAAAGUUGAAGCACGAAGACACCAACUUGGCCUCCAGCACGCUGUUACGCGAAGGAGCCGAUAAGGAAAUGUUGGGCAUCGUGGUAUCGUACAAAGUCAAAGUCAAGCUGGUGGUGUCUCGAGGCGGGCUCCUGGGAGACCUGGCCCCCAGUGACGUCUCGCUUGAACUUCCUUUCACGCUGAUGCACCCUAAACCCUUGGAAGAAUGUCCGCACGGAGAAGAAGCUCCUGAUGAAGCACAAAGUGACACAAACCUCAUCCAGUUUGAUGCCAACGAUGAUGACAUCAUCUUUGAGGACUUUGCUCGCCAGCGGUUAAUCGGGGCCAAGGAUGAGGAGGAUGAGGAGCGUGUGGAUUCGGCCCAGGUUCAUGACAGAUAGAGAAUACGUCGCUAGCGGCCGCCCGGGGAGGCCUCGUCCGUGUCUGCAUGGCGACGGCGGUGGCGUGACGAGACAACGGAGCGAUGAGAAACACUGAUGAGCCGCAUGAAAAUCUAACACGACAAUUUCUCAUCUACCUGCUUUCACUUUCCAAAUCUUCAUGGAGGCCUUUGAUGUCAAACGUCACAUGAAGAUUUAUUCUAUUUUCUUACCAGUUGGUUACUUGGUAUACUCGUAAUACUUUACCGUACUAGAAAUGUACUGCAUAUGCAUCCACAAGCCAAUAGAUAGAUAUGUAUUACAAGUCUAUAGCUAGAUGUAUAUGUAUUAUAUCAUAUACUGUAAAUAUAUACAUCAAUAAAAGGCGCAUAUGCAUAUAAAAGAUACCAUUCCGCAUUCAAAGAAAGGUCUUUGCAGAAUCUGUGAUCUUGAAAACAUUGUGACAUUUCACGACAGUGAAUUUGGGUUUUUAUGAGCUGGAAGUAUAAAUUAAUGAAGAAAUACUUUGAGUUUGACUUGACUUGAAUCGAGAUGCUGAAAUAAAUCAACUUUUCAUAUCGUAUAUCGUAUAAAUAUUCAACCUACACAGAUAAUGUAUGCAUUAUACUGUAUAAUAUACAGCAGUUCCCACAGGACUGACAUCUAUUUGUGGCAGGUGUGGGCUAGAUAACGUUGCCUAAUUUGCAUAAUUCGCCAUGAUAGGUGUGCAUGUCAUUUUUAUAGCUGC